AAUCCAUUCUCCAAUAUGCAGGCAUUGACCAGUAUAUUGACCUAUUGAACGCUACUUUAACGUUUCAACAGCUGAUUCAUGGUAACCGAAUAACAUGGCUUCUCAACCCACUCGUCUACGCGUGCUAGCGCUCUACAAGGAACUUCACAGACUGGGGCGUGAUUAUGAUCCUUCUUAUAACUUUCAUGGGAAACUGAGGAGGAUGUUUGAGAAGAACAAAGACCUCACGGAUGAGGCAGAAAUCGAGAAAGCCAUCAAGUUUGGAGAGUACAUUAAGAAUGAAACGCUCGCUCUGUAUUCAUUACGCAAGUAUCGCCAUCUUAGAAGGAUGUAUCCACCAAAUACAAAACCUGACAGUUAACGGAGUUCACAGCUUGUUUUUUUUGAAGAUCAGCAGGUAUCGCCUUGGCUCUGGAGGAGCCAAAUCAAGUAUAUCUACAUCCAAAGCUCCGUCUCGGACCUGGCGUUUCAGUGUGGCGGUCCUAGAAAGCGCAAGUGGUCACCGGAAAUGUUAGUCAUAUCGCUGUAUCUUGGCAGUGUAAGGUCCACUAUUUGCAUAUUUAGUUGGUUCGUCGUGUUUUACAGCAAUUGACAGCUUUUAUUGAAUUC